UUCUUCCGGGUUUACCGGGGUGAGUUUUAUGUUUUUUAGUCAGUCGGUAACAAGCAGGCCCCGUUCAUGAACGGCAAAGUUCUUGCCGAGGAGCUCAAGACAUUAAUACAUCACUUCCCUUUUCUAAUUCAAUAUCCAGAUUUUGCAGUCAGCAGAGGCUCCAUUGGAUGGGCUGGCUGGUAAAAGUCAGGGCCAGCUGUUGACAUCCCUUGGGCCUGUACAUGUAACAUCAGACCACAAUGGGCAGUCACUUCCGUAGCUACAUCUGGGAUCCUGUUCUCAUCGUGAGUCAGAUUGUGUUGAUGCAGUGCAUCUACUACAGCUUCCUGGGCCUGUGGUUGGCUGGAGUGGACAGUUUGGUUCAAACUAAUCGGUCACUGGACCAGAUCUUCAGUUAUGAAGUUCUUGGUUUUGCCACAAUGCAAGGCAGGCUCUCCAUGAUGGCAUUCAUCUUGAACUCUCUUACCUGCGCCCUCGGUCUGUGGUUCUUCAUUCGUCGAGGGAAACAGUGCCUUGACUUCACAGUCACUGUGCACUUCUUCCAUAUGAUUGGCUGCUGGAUCUAUAAUGCUCAUCUUCCAGCCUCCCUGUCCUGGUGGCUCGUCAAUGUAGCCUGCAUGGCAUUGAUGGCUGUAAUUGGAGAGUACUUGUGCAUGAGGACUGAGCUAAGGGCAAUUCCAGUCAACAGUGGACCCAAAUCUAACUUGUGAAUUUUUGUUGACACCAGCCCAAGUGUCUGUGGACAGUUAACUCCUGAGAAACUGGCUCAGAGGAGGUUUUUCUCCUCAAGUGAUGCACCAGAUGAACUGAUCUAUUUAUUCUUAGCUGUGUGAUAAAUGUUGGAUAGUGUUAACUCUAGCUUAUUAAGAUAUAUGUUUUAAAGGUUAUGAAAGAAGGCAUCAGUUUACACAUUUCUCUGAACCUAGUGAGGUGAUUUUUUUUUCUCAAUUAAAUGUGUUCAUUUUAAGUACAUAAGCAUGACUUUUCCCUCAUUUCAGGAUUUUUUUUUAAUUUGUCAUUUGUACGCGUCUUCACACACAGGUGAUGCAAAUCGGAACUUGAGACUUGUGUAACAGAAACACAGACUGUUAAAAGCGACAAAAGAAAAACAAGUGUUCAAACAGAUGUACAAUAGUUUAUAGUGAGUCUGAUAUGUAGUAAUCAAUCAUGAUGUACACACAAAUGUAGGAGAGAUUUUUGAUGCUUUGUAAUCUCAACACACAACUUAGUAGAGGUAUAAGAUCAGGAUAAUUUUUAUAAGCAUAAUUUGCACAACCCAAAUUUUUGGUAUUUAGGACAUUGUGUAAAAUAUAAAUGAAUUCAGUCACUUGCAAUUUUUCAUUCCACAACUUUACCAGUUUUUCAUUGCUCCUGUACUGACUUGUUUGAAACAUGUCGCUACUGUCAGUUUCAGAAUAAUCAUAUAUUUACAAAAAUCAAAGAAACUUAAUGAGGCCAUCAAUGUAUUGUCUUUUUUAUUACUUUCAAUUGAGUAUAUGUCCAAAACAAUUACCACAUUACAAAUUACCACAUUCUGUUUUAGUCAUGUUUUAUAUAUUGUUUCAGCUUUUUGGGAUUUGGGGUGGCGUCUCAUGAUGUCUCAUGAUGGUCAUUUUUGGCCUUCCUGGUCAAGCUUUAAUGGUAUUCUGCAUAGCUACUUUUAAUUGUUUCUAUCUCUUUGUGAGAUGAUGCUGUGAUGUCGAACUAUCCUCAACAUGAUGCAUUAUGAAGGCAAUGUUUAUCACUUUAGGGACAGAUUGUUAGCACCUAGCUGUGUUCUGAAAGCAGGCCAUGUCUGUGUUUCUGAUAACACUGUUACUGUUUGUGUGCACGUGACUUUACUAAAAUGUGCAGCACUGAUAUAUUUUUUUUGUUUUUUUAUUUUUCUUUCUGGAGCAAUUUCAGCUCAUUUAGUUAAGGCGGGUCCUGUAACACAUACAGUCUUUCUAUUCCUGUGUGAUUACUGUCAGUUUUGAAAGUAUGCAGUGUCUUGCUUUGAAAUAGUGUUUCUAAAGUGUAAUGACUCAUUCUGCUACAGGGCCUGAUAUGUAAAAGUUGCACAGUAGUUGGACAUUUUGGGAAGAACAUUUCUUCACGUCUUUCCUGAAAGUUAGCUGAUAAGAUGUCUCACACCUUCAUGUCUGUCCUUUAAAUAAUAGCUUAGACAUGUUUCUAGUCUAAGCUAGCAGCCAUGUUGCAUUUCGUUUGAUCAAAACCAAGGAAUACAAAUGACAAAUUGUCUUAAUACAAGAAUUAUGUGGCAAACUGUU